UAGGCAAACAAAAUUAGUUACCUCCACAUGUAUACUUCUGGAGCACCAAAUUUUGUAUUACAUGUUUUAUUAUAUUUAUAAUAUGCCAAUAUUAAUAUAGUAUUAAUAUUAUUUAUUUACUAUGACGGUCUUUUUGACAGUGUCUAGUAUGUGCAUGAGCACCCUAUUUUGUAGGACGAAGCAUAUACAAAAGGCUAUUUCUAACACAAAAAAUUUGUAAGUCAGUAAUGAUGGGUACACUCUUGUAUUUAUUUGGUUAUAGUAGCACAUAAUAUGGUCUAAUUGUUAGCCAAACUAAACAAAAAUUCACAUCAGGAGAAUUCUUUGUCUUGGUCUCAGAUUGUGUAUGAAAAAAUCAUGUAUUGGUGCUAGGAAUUCAUUAUUAUUUCUCUGUAAUAUUUGUUUGCUCUUUUACAGAAAAAUGUCUUCUGUGCUAAAAUCCUUAGUUGAAAUAUUACAAAGUGAUGAAAAAACAAAAUGUGAAAAAGUUUAUGGAAAAUUGACUUCUUUGAUUCCAAAACUAGACGAAGAUGUGAUAAAGGAAUUUUUGCCUAGCAUUAUUGAAUGCUUGAGGAGAGAUUUGAAAAGCAAGGACGCUAAUAUAGCAUCAUCAUCAGUCACAUUAUUCUCAACUCUAAUCGGCAACAUGGAAUUACCAAAAAAUUUUGUUGAUGAUUCAAUUGCGGAAUUAUUUCCAGAAUUUAUUCUCACCAACGCAGACAAAGAUUCUGUUCAGCGGUGCUUUGAAGUGAUGUUCAAUGAUUUCCCUUGUCAAAAAUGCGUAUCAUUGAUUCACGAUGCUAUAUUCAAAGAUUCCAAGAAUUUAAUUUCAGACGCAAUGAAAAUUGAAAUUUUGAAAUAUAUAUCUCAGCUAUUCUCUGAUUCUGAAUGGAUGAAAACUGAACUGAAAAGGGUAUAUGUUAAGCUUCUACAAAUAUUGCUUGUUUUUGCUGUUGCGGACAAUUGUACUGUUCGAAAAACUGCUAUUGAUACUGCCCACUCACUCCUCUCAAUAUCUUCUGUUCAACCAGCUCAUAUAGCCCCGAUCGCAAGCUGCCUUAAAACUAAUGUGAUGCCGAAAAUCAAAUCUAUAUACACCAAGAAUGUUACUCAAUUAGAUGAAGUCCUUACCAGUCAUUGCCCAUUGUUUUUAAAAAUAAUGGGUGUCAGCCUUCGAAAAAGCAGUAGCAUAAUUAAUGCUAUACUGGCUGUUGUUGAGCAAGGGUUCCGUAAUGCAAGUUCUGAUAUAAAAACCGCUGCAUUUAAAGCAUGGGAUUGUCUUAUUAAUUGUUUCUCUGAAGAUCUAGAAGUUUUGUCAUCUUCUCGUUAUAUGAAGUUACUUAUGCAACCUUUGACAUCAACACAAACAACUGAUGCUUUGAAUAUCACAAGAAUUGAGACAUUAUGGGGUCUUGCUAUAAAACUCUCAUCUAAGCUUCCAGCUCUGUUUUCAACUGUUUGUUUACCUAUAAUACAUUGCUGUUUGGGAAAUUUGGAUCCAGAUAGAUUAUCAAGAAAAAGUCUUGACCAAUCUGGAGGUCUCAUAAAAUCAAGACAUUCAGGCGUAGGGGUACCAGGUUCUAACAAUGGCGAUGGGUUCUAUUCAGUGUUGCAAGCGAGUGGCUACAGGGCAACACCAAAAAAAGCAUCACAAAGUCCAAAAUUACAUAUUAUUGGAGUUGAAUUGCUGAUCCAUAUGCUUCAACCUCAAGUAGAAGAUGAACAAGUGCAAAUAAUUAAAAAAUUCAGAAUGCCACCUUUAAAUAGUGCAUUGUUAUCAGCGCCUGCUACUUUUGUCAGUCAUGGUCAACUUUUUAUAACUGUUGUCUCUGAAGUUUUAUGUCAUAUGAAUGGCCUUGCAGAAGAUUUAUGUUGGCUCUUAUGGAAAAGACUUCAUCAACAUGUGAAGUUUCAUUUGGAAUCUAAUUUAAAGAAGAAAAAGCGAGAGACAGAAUUAUUUAACGCAUAUUUGUUAGCAAUGCAGAACAUUAUAAAUGCUGAAUUGUUAUCAGAAAAAUUAAUUUUCAAUAUGAUAACAAGCUUUCUUGAUUUUCCAGAUGGUAUUCUGUCAUCUACUUUUUACGGAGGAUCAUUGAAUGGAAUGCAUGGUGUUCCAGCACUUUGCCUUUUGCGUCUGUUAUUUUCUAAACAAUUAAUUGUGAAAUUGGUGCCAUCAAUUUCAGAAGAUAUUUCAGACUGUGCAAAUAAGUUGGUGCUAUGCGGAUUUGAAAACAAUGUAAGGAUAUUACUGUUUUGUCAAUCUGUUAUUGAAAUAUUGCAAAAUUCAAUACUUACCAUUCAGAUUACGAAAUAUGAAGACCCAGUAGAUAUGGAAGCUAUAUCAACAUUUGUUAUUGUAAUAUGGGAAAAACUAGGCUAUCAACUUAACCAACAUAUUUUAAAAUCUCAGGAAUGUAAUCAAGGCGAUAGUUUGGACCAUGAUUUCUCCGCUAUGUAUUCUUACCUGCUAUUUCCAACAUGCCUCAUUGCCACAAAUAAUGAUUUUACAAAAAUGUGGAAUCAAGUGUAUAAAUCAUUCUUAUGGUGCGCUAGUUUUGUAACCACUUGCAAACCAAAUGAAAUAUGUAAUCGGAUUUCAUCCAAUAUCCUAAGCCAAUACAAUGAAAAGUGGUCAAAAUCUAUCAUGCUGGCAUUAGCAACAAUAAGCCAAUGCUUGGUAUCUAAUGCGGAAUUCAAUCAUGAUAAAUUAAAAAAGUCGAAUCGAUUUUCAGCUUUAGAAGGAACGGCGUCACCAGCAAGUGGUUCCAACAAUCUACCAUCUCUCCAAAAACAUACUAAUUUAGCAAAGGUCGCUGCACUCCUUGAGAUUUGUCUAAGUUAUGCUUGUGAGCAUUCUUUUUCGGAAAUGCUGGAUGUAUUACUCCAGUCUAUUGCCAAGAUGUUUUCAUUGAUCCAUUGUAACUAUGAUAUUUGUAACUUGUUCGAAUACUUUCUCAAAUCGCUGACAAAGGCAAUAAUAGUGAAAAUUGAAGACAAAAAGUUUAUGAGAGAACCAUUAAAAGAAAUUUUGCUUGCUUCAGGGAAAAGUUUUGCAGAAGAUUCUGCUGGAAAUAUAGCUGCUUUUUCAGGAGAAAAUCUUAGAAAUUUUCUUCUUGAAUGCUUUACACAAAAAGAUCGCAAGAUUAAAAAUUCUGCGGUUGAAUUUUGGAAUCUUGUUGUUGUCAGUACAGAUCAACAUGAUUCAGUGUGCAAAACAUUACCUAGCGAUUUCAAAUCUGCACUUUUUCCGAUUUAUAAACAAAUGGGUUGGACUUGUCCAUGGAAAGACGUUGAACUCCCAAGUUCAAUUGCAGUUGCGGGUCCAAGUCAGGAUGAUAAUUUUACACAAUCCUCUUUACCCCCAGCCCAAGGCUAUGGGGCUUUUGGGUCACCACUGAAAAAACAUAGUUUUUUGUCACCAAAGAAAUCACCACUUCGAUAUUCGUCACCAUCAAAAGUGCAAAUCAAGACUCCAACAAGUAUAAAAAGAAAACUGGCUGGUGUGUCCGAACAGGUCAAUUUUGUGAAAUGUGAUUCACCAGUGAGAAAAGCCAGUACCCCUCUGACUGAACAUCAGAAAGAAAAAAUGAGGGAAAGAGGGUUCAUUCCACCGAUGUAUAAUGAUUUGGAUGAAAAGCAGGAAAAAGAAAUGGUGGUAGACACCCAGGAAAGUAUUGAUGAAAUCAAAGCAGAAAACAAAGAAAAUACUUCAGAUAAUAACGCUGACAAAGACAUCAUUAAAACAAGCCAAAAUUUAGAAGAGAGCACACCGAAAAAGCGUAAAACUGGGAAACCAAAGGGCCAACAUAAAAUAAGUUUGAAAAGUAUGGUUUCAAUUCAAGAGGAAGAAGAAAUUUCAUCAGUUUCUGAAAGUCCAGUUCGCAGAAGCACACGAUCAAGGAGUAAGCCAUCAGACACUAGUGAUAUUGAAAAAGAAAAAGGCAACAAAAAAGCAGACUACAUAUCUGAAAACGAGAAUAAAAUUGAAAAGGAAGAGAUUAUCACUGCGGAAAGUGCUAGUGACGAUGAUUCUCUUUUUGGCAGAUCGAAGAUAGUUGCAAAGGUGAAUGAAGUGUCUGAAACCGAUCAUGAUGCAAUGGAACAAACUGAUGAAGACGCAAGCUAUGAAUAUAUUGAAAUCGCUGAUGCUUCAACAAAUCAAACUCAAGGAAAUAUCAGUAUAGAUGAAGAAGUAGAAGCAGAUGAUGUGAAAGAUCUUGGUGUGCGUCCAUUAGAUGAUAGUUAUGAGUAUGUUGCUGUAGCUGAUAUGUCGGUAAAUGUAACUGCGGCUAAUCAGUCUCUUUGUGCUGCAAAGUAUGAGUCUCCAUUAACAAGUGUGAAUAAUGAAACAGAAACAAGUGAGAACUCUGAUCAUGAUGAUGAUAUACCAAAAGAUAAUGGGAUGUCAAUCAGUAUAAAUAGUACUGAAGACGAAUCCGAAUAUGAGGAAAUUGCUGUGGCAGACAUGUCGACUGCUCCCUCUAACAUGACAAUGGAUGUCUCAGAGGAAAAGGAUAAAACAGAUGAUAAACCCAAUCCCGAUAUAAAAAACGCUGAAAUACCAUCAGAGCCCAACACUACUAAUGAGAAGAUUACUGAGAAUGAAAAGCAAGGGGAAGAAGUGCGGCGGAGAUCAUUGAGACUCCAGAAAACAGCUUUCAUAGAGGAAGAAGAUGAUGAACAAUAUAUGUCCUCAGAUGGGGAAAGUGAAGACAUUGAAUCAGAUCAAAAAUCAUUGAAUGAAACUGAAUACGAGUAUGUGGAAGUCGCUGAUAUGUCUGCUGUUGUCGAUAACAACGUUACAGCGAUUGAUGUUGAUGAUACCGACAAUGAAAAAGGCGAAAAAAUUGACGAAGCCAAUUUGUCAGAAAAACAUGAUGAAUCUAAAUGUGAGGGUGAAAGUGUCUGCGUAGUUUCUGAUGACGACUUCGAUGAAACUGUUGCAGACGAUGAGGAUGAAUUCAUAGAUGCCAGAUCUUCACUUGAUGCAAAUUCCUCACAGUUACGAGGUGAUAAAGUAGCACAGGGUGAGGUUAUUGAUGUAUCUGGGUCUUCUGCGUCAGAUAUGUUCGAAACUUCAGUGGAAAGUACUGAUGAUACCAAAUCUGUUGCAGAGUGUUCCGCCAUUACCAUUGAGACUUCUGAGAGUGAUGAUGAGGAAGAAAAAAUUGAUGAGUCAUCAAAAGAUGACUCUGCAAAAUUUACUACAGAAACUAUUGUGAAUAAUGAGAAACCUGAAGAAAAUAAAGAAAUUAAGGAGUUUAAUGAAACAAGCCCUUUGAAGAAAACAAAAAUUCCAAUUGUAAAAUUACCAAAGUUAGAUUCCCCUGUAAAAGACGAUGACAAAUCAUCAGCACAUGACAAUGAAAACACUCCAGCUGCAGAUGAAUCCCCCGUUCAAUCUUCCAAAAGUCUUUUCAAAGUACCUGCAAUAGCAAUGUUGCAAGAAGAUGCGGCAUUACCACCUGGUCAAUCGCCGAGUGCAAAAGGAAUUUUGAAGCGCAGAAUAACUAUCGGUCCAGUUACAUUACCAUCUCCAUCACCAAAUAGUAGUAAAUCUCGAAGAGUGUCAUUUGCAGAGCCUAUUUCGAAGAGCAAGCAUAUGAAUACAAUGGGCGAUGCACAUUUGCAACAAAGUCCGCGAUCUUCGCUCGUACAUCGCAAAAAGCAUUCACCAAGAACAGUCAACAGGCGUCUGAGUCUGCAGCCAGAAAAAAAAGCUGCUCUUGCGGAUGAAAUUCCUGUAUCGCCUCUGAGUUUGAGAAGCGUUCGAGUUGCAGAAGCGAUUGCAAACAUAAGAGCAAAAGAUCCUUCUUCGCCUUCGCGUUUAUCUAAACUGGAAUCUGGAAAACGAUCGGUUUUGGCCGAACCAAGUGCUGGUAUUGAGAAUAAUGCGGAUUUCAAAAACAUUUCCUUAAAGGAUCUUGAGAAUUCUGAUUUUGUUAAUAAUUUGUCUAAAUCACAGCUUAAAAAAGUUAUUUCAUUUCUAUUAAAAACAACACCUGUUUUGCAUGAAGCACUAAUGGAAGCGUUUGAUACUUAAUUUAAUUACAGACUAACGAAACAUUAUUUGUAAUAAAGGUCAUUGCUUAUGAUGUUUGAAGAAGUUGAAUGUAAAUUUGUAAUAGAGUUGAUAAUCAGAGUUACUGGCUAAAAUUGGAAAUUUUCACAAUAAAAUCAUGAGUUGUGGUCAAAUUUAUACAGAAAAAUUAUGUAUAUCUCUAUACUUCUGCCAAAUAUAUUAUCCCUCAUUCAGUGCUGAUCAAUGAUGUUAUUGCUGUCUAACAAUUUCUGUAUAUUUUAUGUAUGAACAAAAUGCUCAAUUGGUUCCCAGUAAGUAGUUUGAAAUUAUUCAGAUUUCUGCCAGAUCGGAAUUUUUGCUUACUAAUUUACCCUAUGUGACCAAAACGUACUUCCUUUGCCUCUUUAAGUGUAUAGCUGAGCAAGUUGAAGCUGGUAUACUCUCGUUUAUAUGAAACCUCCACCUUUAUUUGAAUUCUAGUGGAUCGAAAUGUAAGCUUCAAUUCCAAAUAUCUGAUAUUAUAUAUUAACCGUGAUCUUUUCAAUGUCUAUUUGCUAAAUUUCAUUGGUGUGUGACGGCUAUGGUACGUCUACUACUGACUGAAUUUGAUGUCCUAAAUCAGCAGACUACUUACAAAGUUUCAAAUGUUUUUUGUCUCUGCCUUGUGCUGAAAUUGCAUGCGUUCCAGAAUGUAAUUUAUUUGUUUUCUUCUAAUCUGAAGUUUGUUAUAUUUCAAUCAAUUCUUUCUCCCAAUGCUUCUUUUUGCGGUAUAACGGCAUUGUUUAUUCAUGGUAACAGUUUGUGUAAAUGUUGAUUGAUAUUCAAAAAAGUCUAAAAUUAUGA